CUGAAAUUGGACUCGGUACUAAAGCACAGAUCAAAACCCUAGGAUUUCCAACGAAUCCUCUUUCUCUCUCCUCGGAUCAUAAUGCCUCCGAAGGCAGCGAAAUCAAAGGACGCGGCACCAGCCGAGAGGCCCAUCCUCGGCCGCUUCUCUUCUCACCUAAAGAUUGGAAUUGUUGGAUUGCCAAAUGUUGGCAAAUCUACUCUUUUUAACACACUCACAAAGUUAUCUAUACCAGCGGAGAACUUCCCCUUUUGUACUAUUGAGCCCAAUGAAGCUCGAAUUUAUAUCCCCGAUGAACGAUUUGAAUGGCUUUGUCAAUUGUACAAGCCAAAGAGCGAGGUUUCGGCUUUCUUAGAAAUUCAUGAUAUAGCUGGACUGGUUCGAGGGGCUCAUCAAGGACAAGGAUUGGGGAAUAAUUUCUUAUCUCACAUCCGUGCAGUUGAUGGCAUUUUCCAUGUUUUACGUGCAUUUGAAGAUCCAGAUAUUAUCCAUGUUGAUGACUCUGUAGAUCCUGUGAGGGAUCUGGAAGUUAUAAGUGCAGAAUUGCGGCUCAAGGAUAUUGAAUUCAUGGAAAAGAAGAUAGAGGAUCUCGAGAAGAGCAUGAAGAGGAGCAAUGACAAGCAGUUAAAAAUAGAGCAUGAAUUGUGCAUGAGGAUUAAAGUGUGGCUUGAGGAGGAGAAGGAUGUCCGUCUUGGGGACUGGAAGGCUGCUGAUAUUGAGAUUUUGAAUACUUUUCAAUUGCUCACUGCCAAACCUGUUGUGUACUUGGUUAACAUGAACGAGAAAGAUUAUCAAAGAAAAAAGAACAAGUUUCUUCCAAAGAUUCAUGCAUGGGUGCAGGAGCAUGGUGGUGAACCAAUCAUCCCUUUCAGUUGUGCUUUAGAGAGAAACCUUGCUGAUUUACCGCCGGAUGAAGCUGCAAAGUAUUGUGAGGAAAACAAGGUACAUAGUGCGCUUCCAAAGAUCAUAAAGACUGGAUUCUCAGCUAUUAAUCUCAUAUACUUUUUCACAGCAGGCCCGGAUGAGGUGAAGUGUUGGCAAAUCCGACGGCAGACAAAAGCUCCUCAAGCUGCAGGGACUAUUCAUACUGAUUUUGAAAGAGGUUUCAUUUGUGCUGAGGUCAUGAAAUUUGAUGAUCUAAAGGAACUUGGUAGUGAAAAUGCUGUGAAGGCUGCUGGAAAGUAUAAACAGGAGGGGAAGAUGUACGUGGUUCAAGAUGGUGACAUAAUAUAUUUCAAGUUCAAUGUUUCCGGUGGCGGGAAGAAGUGAGACAUUCAUUUUUCAUAAGCAUUGAGGUCCGUUUGCUGAUUUCAAUUAUAAUUGACCUUUGCCAUCGCAAUUUGUAGUAUGGAAAAAUCUAGUUAUGAGUUGCACAAACCUUUCCCCAACAAAUAUAUUCCCUUUGCGAGCUGCAAUAUCUUCUACUUCGUUCUGAACUUCCAAAACCAGUUGAUAACUGGUCAGAGACUGGGAGUGUAAUGAUAUGUUGUUUUUCCUCGUACGGAUCAAGUGGUUACGUCUUUUCUUUGUAGGCAGUGGUAAUACUCGAAAGGUCAUAUCUAUAUGUUUUAUCAUUCAUCUAGCUCUAACUGUAUGUAUAAGUGAAACAUUAUUACUAAUUCUUGUAAAAAACUUGGUUUAUUGGACCAGCAACAAUGUCAAUCAAAGGCUAUGUUAGG